UAUUAAAGCGCUUACAAAAACUGCAAAUUUACCUUCCUUGUUUGAAGAUCUUUGAUACUUGUUUAAUUUUUUAUGUCCUAUUUAUUAUCGCCGUCGUAUUGUGUGAAACGUUGAUCAAUUUCAGUUUAAUACGUUUCUUAUAUUCAGCGCGAUUCAAUAUCGUUUGUAAACACAUGGCAUUGACAUGUUGUAUCUAUACCGCGUAAAUAUGUGAAUGAAUUAAAUAAUUGCAGCGCAUUAUAAAUUGUGUCGAUAUUGAAUCAACGCAUUUUCUGACCAAACAAUUAAAUUAUUACGCAUUAUAUUGUUGCAUCCGCGCGUCGAUUUUUAAUAUUUCAUAUUUCACCCUCUAAAAUCAUUUUUUAGUUCUAGGAUGUGGAAAACGAUGCUAAGGAUGCUGAGGACAAAUAAAGUCUUUUAUAAGGCAAAUAAGCGUAUUUUCUCUGAAGAAAAUAAACAGCUGUAUAAACUUGUGAAGCAGCAGUCGCAAGAAAUUAAACAUCAGUCGCAAGAAAUUAAACAGCUGUCACAAGAAAAUAAACAGCUGUUUUAACUUGUGAAACAGCAGUCGCAAGAAAUUGGAUUUUUAAAAUAUGGAGUACAUUCAAUGAAAAAAAAGAUAAAAGAGCAAGAUAUCAUCCUCCGGAUAUUAUAUGUGGGGGAAUUGGCGUCCAGCGUCAAGAUAUAUAUUCGGCUGGAAAUCAUAAGUAAAAAAAUUGGAAAAAUGACUUCCUUAAGUGAUUACAAUCAAAUGGUUGAGGAAGGAAGUCAUUUCCUCCAUCUAAGCGUAAUCACCGGCCCUGAAGUAUCGUGACGUAGCGAUGAGGCGUAGUACAAAAAAAAAACGCUGGCUAGCUGCUAUGGGAUGCGAGACUGUGAGACGCGCCGAACAGAAUCGCUGGAGCCUAGCGCCGGCAAGGCUACUCUUAUCGCAAAGCUUCUCUCGAAUCGAACUGAUAACAUCCAACCGGAAGUACUUGCAAACUUGCACCGAACUGUACCAAUCAGACGAUCUUUUUGUUAUAACAGCGAAAAUGGGUUUCAAUCCUAUGAAAUGGAAAACAAGAACCAUCGUGCAAGGUGUUUUAGGCGCUUUGCUUUUUUAUAUACUAUUUGUUUAUAAGAAGAAGCAUCAAGUGAUGUUUGAAGCGACUGUAAAUAACUCAAAUCCUAAGCAUGUAUGGGAAUUCGUGGCCGAUUUUAGCAACAUGAAAAAGUUGAAUCCAACAAUAGAGGAUUUUAAUGUGAUCGCAGAAAGCGGAAAUUACGAUCAUUGGAAAUAUUCCGUGCAGUAUACCGAACAUUUAAGUCACUUACCAAUGAUCCGAAACGUAGCGCACGGACACUACGCCAUCAAACCGGAUAACAAUGGCUACGUCAUCAGUUCCAAACAUCGGACUUGUUUCUUCUUCGAUUUCAACUGUUUGGAAUCUGUUUCACAAUUCAGAUUCGACGCGGAUGGUGCGAAGGAUACAAAAUGUAUCGAGACCGUACAAUACGAAUGUCCAAUUGCGUUUUCACCUUUGUGCUAUAGGGAGGUCAUGUAUCAGCGAGAGGAGAUUAUGAAGAGACUCAAAUCGGAGUUCAAUAGAAAAGACACUUAAAAAUGUCUCGUUACGGAAUAUUAUUACGCAUGUACUUAUUUUCACAUUAAUUAGAAUUUCUUUUCAAAUAAAAA